GACUACCGAGCAUUCGUUUCUGAGUUUGUGGGCAGUGCUCGGGCUUUCUCCUUGAACUUCGACAUGCGGUCUUUCCUCAGGAAGGUGAUCCUCAUCCAGUCUGCCUUCAGACGUCGCAUUGCCAAGAGGAAGGUGGAAAAGCUGAAAAAGCAACGGCAACAGCAGCUGAAGCGUCAGCAAGUUGCCAUGAAAGAGCUCGCUUCGACGCAGUUGGACUUGCGCAACUCUCCGGGCAACGUCAUUUGGCUGGGUCUCCCACCGCAGUCAGUCGAACAACUGCUGCUAAUGCAGGGCGGCGGGGCAACUGCGUCAGGCGCAGACACGGACGAGAACACCUGGACAGGUUCAGACAGUCUUGUGACCGCGGAGGACGAGGGCAGCGGCAGCGGCAUUGCCAAGAGGUCACCGUUUUUGAGCGAUAAGACCAUGACACUCAACGUUUGA